GGAGGAGGGCUAUCUUAAUGGAGCGACAGGGGAGUGUAUUGGUUCCCUGUACUCAGAGUAGUUCCUGGGGGGCUCUUAAGGAAAGGGAGAUCUAGCCUAGAGACACCUUUAUGAAACCAUUUGGGGAGGAGUAUGAGAAGUCCCAAGGAGCAGGUGAUGAAUAUGGCCCCUCUUAAUUUCUUUGGUUGCUCCAUUCCUUGCUGCCUUUAGGGAAGAUUUUAAUUUGAGUCAGUGUGGAGAAAUACAUACCUUAAGCUUCUUCUGGAUAUCCAUUUGGUGCUCCAUUUUCAUGCGUAGGAAGCCACAAGUGCCAAGAUAUUAGGCCAGUCUCAUGUGAAAUGUUCAGAAUAAUAGCCAGAUAAAUUUAAUAUGAUUAAAUAUAAUCAAAUUAGAAUAUAGCUUAGCUAGUAGAUCUUCAGGAAGGAGAUACAUUGUUAUGAACAUAGGCCAUUACAAUGUGGUGAAUUUUAAGGAAGUAUUUUAAGGUUAAAAUUUGAGUAAGUAGAAGUGGAAGGGAAGGGAAAUUCAGGUAAAUAGAAAAGGAGCAAAAUCUUGGGGGACAGGAAAAAGUAUAACACAGGUAAGGGCACAAAUGCCACUUGUAUGGAAAUGGUAGAAUGAGGUCAGAAAGGUAUGGUGGGGCCAAAUUUUGGGAGUAGGGUGACGGAGGCAGGGUGAAGCCUCUAUUGUUUUUUUUUUUUUAAUAUUUAUUUAUUUUGAGAGAGAGAGAGAGACAGAGACAGAGACAGAGAGAAAAAGGCAGAGACAGAGUAACCCAAGAAUCCCAAGUAGGCUCUGCACUGUCAGUGCAGAUCCCGAUACAGGGUUUGAACUCACGAACCAUGAGAUCAUGACCUGAGCUGAAACCAAGAGUCAGACGCUUAAUUGACUGAGCCACCCAGGAGCCUGUCUCUAUUGGUUCCAGAAGCAUGAUUGACACAGAAGGUCUACAUGCUAAUGAGGCAUCAAGGGUCAGAAGUCAUUCCUACACUCAAGUGAGCAUUCUCUGGGAGAACUUGCCUGUGGAGAGUCCCAUGGUUUAGAACUUGAUGCUCUCUUGUAUGAUCUCCAUACACACUCAGAGAUCCUUUCUGUACCUGUCACUUUCAGCAGACUCAUCAGCUUCUGAGUCAUUAUAGAGAGGACUCUAAAGUGCAUCAUGACUCACACCAACUUUACCAUCUUUCACCCUGCAGUUUUUGUCCUACUGGGCAUCCCUGGAUGGGAGGCUUACCACAUUUGGCUGUCAAUACCCCUCUGCCUCAUGUAUAUCACUGCCAUCGUAGGGAACAGCAUCCUGAUAGUGGUCAUCAUCACAGAACGUAAUCUUCAUGAGCCCAUGUACUUCUUUCUCUCCAUGCUGGCCAUCACAGACAUCCUGCUGUCCACCACUACCGUACCCAAGGCUCUAGCCAUCUUUUGGCUCCAUGCCCAUGACAUUGCCUUUGAUGCCUGUGUCACCCAAGUUUUCUUUGUCCAUGUGAUGUUUGUGGGGGAGUCAGCCAUCCUGUUAGCCAUGGCCUUUGACCGCUUUGUGGCCAUCUGUGUCCCCCUGCAUUAUACAGCCGUGCUAACAUGGCGUGUUGUGGGAAGGAUUGGUCUGGCCAUUGUCACCAGAAGCUUCUGCAUCAUCUUCCCAGUGAUCUUCUUAUUGAAGCGGCUGCCCUUCUGCCGGACCAACAUUGUCCCCCAUUCCUAUUGUGAGCAUAUUGGAGUGGCCCGCUUGGCCUGCGCUGACAUCACCAUUAACAUCUGGUAUGGCUUCUCAGUGCCCAUUGUCACGGUCAUCGUGGAUGUGAUCCUAAUUGCUGUGUCUUACUCACUGAUCCUCCGAGCCGUGUUUCGUUUGCCCUCCCAGGAUGCCCGGCACAAGGCCCUUAGCACUUGUGGCUCCCACCUCUGUGUCAUCCUCAUGUUUUAUGUUCCAUCCUUCUUUACAUUAUUGACCCACCGCUUUGGACAUAACAUUCCUCGACAUGUCCAUAUUCUGCUGGCCAAUCUUUAUGUGGUGGUGCCACCAAUGCUCAAUCCCAUUGUCUAUGGCGUGAAGACUAAGCAGAUCCGGGAGGGUGUAGCCCACCGGUUCUUUGACAUCAGGACUUGGUGCUGUGCUUCCCCUCCGGGCUAAUGGCUCCUCAGGAAUCUGCCCUCCAAGCUUUAUCAAGGAAAUUAAGUGUGAAAUACAGAGAUUUCCUGGACUAAGAGGGCUUUUACUUCUCUUCCUCUUUUUCUUCGUGGACCUUCUUUGUGGUCCUCCUCCAACUUUUCGUUUUUCCU